AUGACAGCAACAAACAACAACAGCAACUUUAUCGUUUCUGAUGAAAAUAUCAUUGAUUCAUUAGCUGAGGAAUUAGUUACGGCAGAAACUAAAACCCUCAACGAAAGAAUUGGUGAAAACAAGAUUGAUUUACAUAACUACCUCAAACACGAUGGAGGAAGAGGAAGGAAAACUGGUAUGGUUUUAUUAGUAAAUAAAAUAUCAAAUUUAACGAUUAUAGAUGUUGAUAUCAAUAAAUCGUACAAUAAUGAACUUAAAGAAACAGUUAGAAAAGACAUUCUAUCAAAACUUUCGGAUAAAGAUGUUAUCGUUAAAACCGCUUCAGGAGGUCUUCACAUUUAUUGCAACACUAAUUUCUUUUAUGCAGUUUCGAACAGAAUGAUUAAAUGUUAUUCAUGUAAUGAUUAUGAUAUCGAUAUCAUGACUUCUAUUGAUGAUUCAAAACGUUCAUUAGUGGUUAUGGCUGAUUCAAGAGUUCGAAAGAAUGCAACAGAACCAAUCAAUACAUACUCAUUCAUUCGUGGAAGUUAUGAUUCAACAUUAACUAGAACAGUGAAUGAUAUAUUAAAUGAUUUGAAUAUUAAGGUAAGAGUUGAACAAAAGAACGAAGAAAUAAAGACUAUCAUGAAUGAAAACAAAGAUGUAAACAUUGACGAUAAACUUGCCCAGAGCAUAGUCGAUGGUAUUAGUGAUUUUGAAGUACAUAAUGACGGUGGAAACAUGAAUUUAGAAAAAGAAGUUACAUUAUUCACACUGUUUCAAGCAAUUAAUUUGUUACCUAAUCAUUUAAUUAAUGAAGCCUACGAUAACGUUUAUAACUUCUGCAGUUUAACAGAAAAUGCAAAAAGUAAUUUUGAAAAAGCACGUAGUAGAUAUGCACAUUUAAUGACUUCUCCAUUUGUUUUAGUGAAGAUUCUGAAACUAUAUCAAAAAGAAUAUUAUAAUGAAAACGUUUUACCUUUAUUACGUAAGCCAAAAAUAACAUUUGAUAUAAAACUUGAUGAUUCAUUCUUGAUAACAGAUAUUAGACGCAAGGCUGAAAAUCAUCAGUAUAAAAACAGUUCUGAAGUAAUUGAGGAUUUAUCACGUGUAAUCCGUUUUGUAGAUUGUGGAAAUAAAUAUUUCAUUCAGAAAGAUUACAACAUACACGACAAAAUGAAUCAAAUAUCAUUC